AUGUAUACUCUACCUGGAGUUAUCGUCCCGGGGGUGCACCUGGGGUGCACGUACAAGUGCCGCGGGUGCGGGUACGUCUACAACCAGCGAUUCGAUAACUGGGGGUGUCGCCCGCCGGCGGAGGGGGUGCACGGGGCGGGGUGUCUCACGGCGAAGUUCUGGCGCGGCCAGAUGAGCUCGCAGGAUCUGGAGGAGGCGUUGACUGAGCAGGAGGAGAAAGGCGGUUCGUUGGCUGAGAGAGUGGAAGAGCCACACUUGGUACCAAAGAACAAAGACGAGUACGACUCGGCUCAUGACGACCUCGAGAUGCCAUCGGACGCUGACGAGGAUGGGUACUAUGCUAUGCAACGCAAGACCAGACCAGCAUCGGCGUGGCAGCCCGCCGUCCCAAACAGUCCCAAUCCGGGGCUCGCCGAGGAGCUUUUGAUCUUGGAAGAACAGCUAUACAGGCAGUCUUGGGAGCUGCCACACACAGUCGACAAAGCGCUCGACGCUCAACUCCGAGUCGAUGUCCCUAUGGACGUCGAAAGCCCGAGCUCAUCAGAAGAGUCCUCGUCGGACUCGUCGGCAGCCCCAGACUCCUCGGAGUCUGACUUCGCCCGCGCCCGGCCCCGUCGGCGCAUGCCAGCGCGCCCCCGUCCCGCCCGCCGCAAUCACGCGGACAAAGAGAAUGCGUCCUCCCCCGCACGGCGACCGCGCGCCCGCGCGAGCUCCGUGGUGUCCUACGCUAAGGAGUCCUCCGAGUCGGAGUCGGACGACUCUGACUAUGUCCCGUCUGGAUCCGCUGCCCGGGUAAAGAAGGGGAAGGGGAAAGGACGUGCCCGUGCUCCCGCCCGCGCUCCGACGCGCCCCGCGCUUGUGGAAGCAACCAACGUGCACGCUCACGAACCUGCGAGUUCAGAGAGGCCGGUGCACUACUACGGGCUAUACUCGGACGAGGAGGCCUCGGAGACUUCAAGCCAGUAG